GUAGACCUAAAUACCAUGCAAGAGUCUGGAGGCUGAGAAGAACGAAAAAAUUUCACUGAAACUUGGGAUCUUGUUUUGGGAAAUACAACUUAAUUCAUAGCACAGAAGGGAUUCUGGCAGUUAAAGUCAUGAGGCGUCUCUCUUUAUUCACAGUGGCUCGGCUAUGCAGGCCAUUCCUGAAACGUAAAGUUUCAAAGUUAUUCACAGUGACCGCGAUAAUUUGUAUUCUCUUAAGUAUCUAUUAUUUACGGCGUGAACCUAUUCUUGUGAAAAGAUAUGUCAAAUCUCUGCCAAAUUAUGCCUGGUUAAAAGGGUCUGGUCAGAGCUCAGAUCAAACCGAUGGCAAGGCAUGUGUAUAUCCAGUAUUGGACCCAUAUAACCCUGAAAUGAUGGCGUUCUUUGAAAAACAGCCUCCGAUCCAAUGUGAAAUAGACGAAAACUGGGUAUAUAUAGAAAAUGGCACAUUUCGGAUGUCGAAGUCAGCUUUGAAGAAAUAUGGACCAGACAUUGAAUGUUCCUAUAGAACUAUAACGCGUGGCAAAACUGACUUUGAGGUGGAACGAGGUCCACGUGUGCCCUUCAAAGAUGGAGAUCCUUUAAAGACAGACUUUGCCGUUGUGCGAUGCUAUGGUCGUUUUUGGAAAAAGUUUGAAACUAUUCUCUCCGGCAUCUCUUUUCAACCUUACCUUCAUGCAAGAUAUAAACCAUCAAUGCUGUUGGAGUCCUCAAUGGGUUUUAAUGUUCUCAUGUUCGGAUUUGACUCAGUAUCAAGAAUGACAUGGAUUAGGAAUUUAAGAAAAAGUUACGAUUAUUUCACCAAAGAAUUGGGCGGUAUCGUCCUGGAAGGAUAUAACAUAGUUGGGGACGGAACGCCGCAAGCUCUUUUGCCAAUUCUAACUGGGCAUACAGAAUGGGAACUACCCGAAGCCAGACGAGGAAAGCCGAAUGCAAAACAAGUAGAUGGGUUUCCUUGGAUUUGGAAAGAAUUAAAAAAACUCGGUUACGUCACUCAGUUUGGAGAAGAUGUGUCCAGUCUCAAUACAUUUCAAUUGAGGAUGCUGGGAUUUAAAGAAUCGCCCACAGAUCACAAUUUACGGCCAUUUUUCCUAGAAGGAGAAUAUUAUUACGAAAAAUCAGAUUGCUUUGGAGCUAUUCCAGUCCAUAAGAAUAUGAUGAAUUGGGGAAGAGAUAUGUUUCUAAUGUAUAAAGAUAAACCAAAGUUUUCAUUUUUAUUCCAUUCCAAGUACAGUCAUGGGUACACGUCAAAAUUACAAGUAGCAGACGAUGACUUGUUGGAAUUCUUGCAAUGGUUAGAAAAGGGCGGAAUAUUAGAUGAUACCAUUUUAAUUUUGAUGUCAGAUCAUGGCGCGCGAUACUCUUUCUUAAGAGAUUCUGUCCAGGGAAAGUUAGAAGAACGCAUGCCAUUUUUCUCGUUCCGUUUUCCAAGGAAAUUCAUUGAAAGGUACCCAAAAGCCUACGCCAAUGUGAAGAAAAACUCCAAAAUCCUUACCACCCCCUUUGAUAUUCACGAGACAUUCAUAGAUAUGAUAAAUCACACUGGCACUGGAGUUGCAGAUAUACGACGGAGAGGCGUUAGUCUCUUUAAAGAAAUUCCUAAAAGUAGAACCUGUGCGCAUGCGCAAAUUGAAGCUCAUUGGUGCACGUGCUUGAAUUGGGAAAAGGUUGACAAAGUAGAUGAAAAUGUGAAAAAAGCCAUUAGCGCUGUGAUCGGAAAAUUAAACUCCAUUAUAGAAUCACAAAGUCACGUCUGUCAUAAACUUGAGUUGGGAAACGUGUCUCGUAUUGUUCGUUAUAGCGGAGCCAAUGAAGCGAUCUUGCAAUUCAGAGAGAGCGCCGAUCGUGACGGUCGUCUGCCAGACUUUUCCGAUAAUAUGGCGAUGUCCGAGAUAUUGUACCAAAUUAAUUUAUCUACCAAGCCAGGGAACGGACAUUUCGAGGCGACUGUUCAUCACGCAGUUCAGAGCGGCAAUUUCACUGUAUAUGACAAGGAGAUAAGCAGAAUUAAUAAGUAUGGAAAUCAGCCCCACUGCAUCGCUGGAAAACUACCACACUUACGAGCCUAUUGCUACUGUAAAGAUCAGUUAUCAAGGUAAAGGAACAAUCUGUAAUAAUUUUACCUCAAUUUAACGGUAGGAUUCCUGGAUAGUUGUGGGAGAUGUACAAUAGUGAAACAAAUUUAGUCAUUAGUCUUUCCAGCUUUUUUAUAAUUUAUAUUAUUUUUAGACUACUGAACUGAUAAUAGAUAAAUAAUUAAAAAUCUCGUCCUGUUUCCCGUUCAAAACGGUCGUGCCAUAUGCAAUCCGAAAUGACUUGUUUUUAUUUUGGAAUUUUACAUACCAGUCAAUAUCCCUAACCACCUCAGACAAACACGCAAAAGUUUUUUUUCACAAUUUUGCGCAUGUCGUACCCAGUUGAAAUUUGUAUUUAGACCCAAUAUAUUGAUCUUAUCAAACGGUAGACGGCAGCUGUUGCCAGGCCUACCCAACUACCAGACUCGGCACCUAAGG